GGUCCCGCCGCGCCGAGAGCCGGCCGCGUCAUUCACAGUAACCACAUCUCGUUGCUCGUAACAACAACAUACUUCGCAUUUUCUGUCUUAUAAAAAGUGGUUUACGCUACAAAUUUAACAUGUAAACGAUUCACAUUGACACUUUCAAACUUACUUAACCCGUAUCGGUUAAAUCGAGGCGAAUCAGUGAAAUAUAAAAGUGUUUAAAAUAGUUCUAGUGUUUAAUUCGUUUAAGUCUGUGGAAUUUGUGAUUCUAUUAUUAGAUGUGUACGUUACCGUACAGCUGUGCGUCGUGAUUACGAUUGUGGCAUUUGUGGCAUUUCAAUCCAUGUAUGCGAGCUGAAUAAGUUACGAUGUAAACAAAGAGGAUUGAUAAGUUUGGCGACUUCUUUCUAGGCGACACUUUAGCGGUUCCAACAUGACCGACAUGUUGGGUUGGUGUUUGGUCGCCUCUCUUCUUAUUAUAUCAGAUGCUCAACAAAUAAAUGGUCCUAUUAUUAUGUCUUCUAACGAAAUAUUACUGCAAAAUAAACAAAACUAUACCAUUCACUGUAAAGGGAAAAGGCCAAUAAAUUUUACAAUACAAGAAGCGGCAGAGGACGAAGACACGGAUUUUAAAAAGAUACUGCGAAAGGUGGCUCCGUCCGAUAACGAGUACGAGCACGAAAUAGCGUUAGAUCUGUUCAGUGUGGAUCCCUUCGCUGUCGGCUACUACGCCUGUCACGACGAUCAAGUCGACCCAUCGCAAAUAUUUAAUGAUCUAGUCGAAGAACCAAUCAACAAUGAACACAUCUCAUAUACGUACGUCUACGUGAAUGAUUCGCAAAAUUUAAUAGCGCCAAUGAGAGAAAUCGUUUAUGUGGUGAAACCUGGUGCCAAGACAAUUAUUGAAUGUAGACCCACGUUUCCUGACGUACAAGUUAAUUUAACUAUGAAGAAUGAGACACAGCAGGUGAAAUCGAAUCAAAGCAAGAUAGUAAGAAUAAACAAGAUUGGGUUUUUAGUGAAAGUGCGUAAGACUGACACUUACACUUACACGUGCGAAGGGCGUCGCGGCGCCUAUAUCUCUCGGAAAAGUGCCUACAUUCAUUUACGUUUACCUACUGUUUCAAAUGAUGCGGUGAAACCACAAAUAGUAACCAGAGAUAAUAGAUUCCUUGCGGGUGAGACAAUAUUUAUGAAUUGUACUGUCAACUACACUGUCAACAAUGCGAUCUCACUGAGAUGGAUAACUCCACGGCCCUUAUCUGAGGAUGAUGUGAAGUCCAACGAAUAUGAAAUCCAUACAGACAUCCUAUACAGAGCAAUUUGGGUUAAAAAUGCAACUGAAAACGACGCUGGAGAAUAUAUUUGCGAAGCGAGAAAAGGAAUCAGUGACAUAUCGACGAAUACGCAAAAGAUGAUAUAUCUUAAGACACCAUACUUGAAACUCAAACGAUAUGGGCCAGAAAAGGCGACCACAUCAAAUCCACAGUUUAACUUUGCUUUUCAAAUCGAUGGGUACCCUGCACCAGAAUACAAAUUUAUUAAGAAUAACAACACGAGAAUUAAUAAUGGCACUAAGUACAAAAUAGAACAAAAUAAAAGAAUAAAAAUGUUACACGUGUUAAUUGUUAAUGAUGUGGACAUUACUGACACAGGAGAUUAUACAGUGGAAGCAACUAAUGCUAACGGUACUCAAAGACUGACCAACCAUUUAAAUGUGAUGGAUGUUCCCCGAGUCACAUUCCAUCUAAGUGAAGGAAGAAAACUAAAAGGACAACAAAUUAAAUUAGUGUGCGAAGUGACCGGCUAUCCAUUACCAAACGUCGAGUGGUCUUUUAUAGACAGUCAAUCAAACAGAGAACUCGACACUCCUUUAAAAGGUUCCGUAAAAGAAGAAUCCGAAUAUAAAAUAUCUUCAACACUUGAUUUACCAGUUCAGUCACCGGGCACAAUCAUUUGCAGAGCCUCGAAUACCCAAGGGGAUGACCAGAAAACUAAAACCCUUCUUGUUGACGAGAUAGAAGGUGGUUUUGGUAUUGAAAAUGAGGGAAGAGAAAAAAAGGAAGUCUCUGAAGGGGAUAUUAUAAUUUUAAGAUGUCUAGCCUCCAGGUAUGACUUCACGAGUGUCCAAUGGAAGGGACCGAACGACGAAGAAAUACCAGGAGCCGUCUUUGAACAUUCAACUAACGCAAUGUCUCUUGUCGCAAAAAUGGAAAUAAAUGACGCAUUAAUAAGUCACACUGGCAAUUACUCAUGCGUUGGAUAUAACAAUGUAACUGGCGAAGAACGCACAGAAACCAUCUCCGUUGUAGUUGCAGGCCUUCGCGCAGCAUCAAUAAAAAUUCCUGCUGAAGAUACCGUGAAAGAGGUGAUACCAUUUAAUGAUGUGACACUCACAUGUAUAGCAGUAGCUAUUCCUCCGCCUGUUAUUACGUGGUAUAAAGACGACAUUGAGAUAGGAAGCAAUAAUAAUAAUGUUAUCACACGUUCUUUGAAUUAUAGCACAGUAAAUUCAACCUAUACAUUCAAGCAAAAUGGUACCGAUGAUUCAGUUUACGAAUGUGUGGCUACAAGUGGUACAUCUAGGGUUUCAAAAAUGUACCAGGUUACUGUAACGAUGCUCAAGUCACGGUUCAAAUGGGAAUACCUGAGCAUCCUAGUAGCCAUAAUGUUGGCACUGGUACUACUGGUAUUGUACCUAUGCUGGAAGAUAAAGAAAGAGAAGCGAUUCAGAAAAGAAUUGGCAGCCGCUGGCCUGCUGUACUUCAAGGAAGGGGCGCCCAAGUCGCUCAACCCAGAGCUUGGCAUCGACGAACAGGCUGAGUUACUGCCUUACGACGACAAAUUUGAGUUCCCAGUGGAAAAAUUGAUUUUGGGACCCCAGUUAGGUGCAGGCGCAUUCGGUGUGGUAUACAAGGCGGAUGCGCGCGGCAUUAUCAACGCGGAAGACAGUACCACUGUCGCGGUGAAAAUGGUUAAGAAAACUGCCGACAAUAUCUACAUCAAGGCACUCGCUUCCGAACUCAAAAUUAUGGUGCACCUGGGGAAGCAUAUCAACAUUGUCAAUUUGUUGGGCGCGUGCACCAAAAAUGUUGGAAAACGUGAGCUGAUCGUGAUCGUGGAGUUCUGCAAGUUCGGAAACAUCCACAACUACAUGCAGCGGCACCGGGACGUGUUCAUCGACCAGCUCACUGACAACAAGGAGAAGGCUCAGGGCAACGUCAACCGCGCCUUCUCCUGCAGCGGGGGCGACAGCGGUAUGACUUCGGAUUGUUUGAAUACGAAUCAGACACAACAAACAGACCACACGUUCCUUAACACUGCUGCCAGUAAUCGCUCAGGAAGACUAGACAAGCCUAAACCACAGUCGGAAUUUGAAAAAGUAUCGGAGUCGGGCUACGUGCAGCCAGAGUGGCGGUCGAACUACGAGAGCGACUACGUGUACGAGGGGCGCAAGCCGCGGCCGCUUACUUCGCGCGACCUCCUGGCCUGGGCCUUCCAGAUCGCGAGGGGCAUGGAGUACCUUGCUAACAUGAAAAUUCUCCACGGGGACUUAGCUGCAAGGAACAUAUUACUAGCUGAAGAUAACGUCGUCAAGAUUUGCGAUUUCGGCUUAGCUAGAAGCAUUUACAAGAAUGACGAAUACCAGAAGAAAGAAAACAGCCCCUUGCCAGUGAAGUGGCUAGCCAUAGAGUGCAUGAUGGACCGCAUAUUCUCGACGCAGUCGGACGUGUGGUCGUUCGGCAUCGUGCUAUGGGAGUUGUUUUCUCUCGCCAAGACUCCGUAUCCUGAGAUCAACCCACAGGACCUGCUGCAGCGGCUGCAGGAAGGCCAUCGCCUCAGCAAGCCGCAAUACGCAGAUGAUCGUCUUUAUCGUGUGAUGAGGUCGUGUUGGGAUCAACGGCCCACCAAAAGACCUACCUUCACUGCACUGCAGGAGACCAUCGGGUCAUUCUUAGAGGAUAACGUGCGUAAUCACUACGUAGAGCUGAACCAGGUGUGUGCCGAAACGAACGAGAACCGCGUCGGCGAAAACUACUUGGUGCAAGUGUGCGCGCCCGACUACAACAACCAGGUGACGCCGAGCCCCCACCACUACGCCAAUGACGCCAGUGGCUUCUUCUUUGGCGUCACUCCGUCGCCGACCCCGGUGCAGUUGCAACAUGAUGACGAGGGUUACCUAGCGAUGACACCGGCAUCUAACCAGAGCAUAUUUAGUCCUCGGAUCGGCGCUACGUUCGACUUCGACGCACGGAAGCUUGACGGGCGCUCCUCCGCCGCCAGCGCGGGCUCGGAGCUGACGCCCAUGCUCUCCCUCAACCACCUCAGCGCGCGCAGCGGCUCCGACUCCGACCACGAGGGCGCCGCUUCCCCCUACCUCAAUAUGAUCCCCCGCAUCGAGGAGGAAACCGAUGAGGUAUUUGAAUUAGAAACUAAAAAGAAUAACCUCAAAAACUCACAGAACAACGCUGUGACUAAUCCGACGUACAUCACUUUCCCAUCGCUAGAUAAGAAACCGAUAGCUUCUAACAAUUACGUUAAUGUUAAUGGAAAUGGCCUAGUCAAGUGAAGUUUAACUCAUUAUUUACCAUUAAUGAGAACAGUAAGUAGUUUUUUUUCUUAAAGAUUACAUUCCGGUUGCGACAGAAUUUCAGUGCAGUAAAGCUGCGCUACAAUAGGUACUAUCGCAAUUGAAAUGUAACCUUAAGAGUAAUAGUGGAGGACCGCUUCUAGGUGGUCCACUUUCCUCUUAAUGCAAUUCCCAAGUGAUGAAUUGUGUAAAUUUAUAAUCCAAAUCCCACCGGCUCGGAGUAACACUUUGUAUAGUCAGCGUUGAAUAUCGCUUUGGCCGUAACAAUUUAUUUGGUGCUGACUGUACUUGCUAUCAGCGCCCAAUUAAAAAAAGUAGAUUAUAGCCUAAGAUGCGAUCAAUUCAUUUCUACUCAUUUGUUAUUUGAUUUGAUUUAGACUAAACAUAUUUUAUGUUAGUUACAGAUAUUGCAAGUGGGUUGCCUAAUGUGUUCCUAAAUGGGCUAUGUACGUAAUCAAAACGGGUUAAAAAAUAUUUUUUCUUAGCAAUCUCUUAGACCGCGGGCCAGGAACAGAUUUCCAUGACCAAUCGCCUCCCGGGCGAAAACUCGUAUAGUGGUUAACGGCUAUGUAUGAUGAACCCUCGUGAAGGUCAGCUAGUUAGUUAUUUAUGGUAUGAAUCAAAUAACAGAUGAGGAUAGAAAUUCAUAAAAUGGAUCUACCACUAAUAAAGUUUUCACUUACCUACUUGUAAAUGAAAACGUCAUACCAACUAUUGUUUUCUAUUCGUACCAUUGACAUGUAUCUAAGGACGGGCUUUACGGGCAAUAAGAAUGGGGCCGGUACAGUGACAGUGUAACGCCCCAACGCGAUUGGUUGAUGAGUUCGCAUCACGCGCGUGAUUGGUCGCAAGUAGUUGUGUUAGACUGCACGAUUGGCUCGAAUUCGUGGCCUGUCCUUAGAUAUAACUGAUAUAAGUCAAUUAUUCCUACAUAUUGGUGGCCAGUAUUUUUCUUAUGGGCCGCUGUCGAAUGUGCACAAGGUUUAUGACUGCCUUAACAAGUUCUAUCGGUAAUAUUGCAUGUACUUAACUUUCUUUUUCUUUUUUCUUAAAAGUUGUAUUCUAGAAACAAGUUUUUCUUUUUUAGCAAUCUUAUUUUCAGUGCCUUGACCUUUUUGUCUGCCUUUAAAGUUUUAUCUAAUUUCGACUUAAUAUAUUAUACAAAAAUCGUAUGUUUUAGGCUUAUUGUACCUAACUAUUUUUGUUUAUGAACCAAAGUUAAAUUUAAUUUUGAAGGAAAUAUUAAAUUAAAUAUAUUAACCCGGGUUACUCACGUAUAUAAACAUAUAAAUUCGAUGAUUACUCGGUACUCGGCGGCGGCGGCGGCAACAGGGAAGACGAGAAACUACCCUCGUAUUCGGCAUUAUUGUCAGAUGAUGGGUUGCACACAACACCCACUUUAUACGCGCAAGUGACCCGGUUUAAUAUAAUUAUUCAUAUGUCAGUGUCUCAUGGAAGUUUUGUUAUUAAAAUUAAUUUUAAAGGAACUGUAUUGCAAAGUAUGUACAUAAUUAUAAUUAUGACUUUGUCUGCAUUACUUACGCCAUACUUUAAAAUAAAGUACAUAUUUUUGUAUUAUUUAAUAAAUAGGAUAAUUUGAAUGUAAGUACAAGGGUUUGACUUGAAAUGCAUGGAACAAAUUGACAUGCUUAGGUGCUUAAGUUUCUGAGCAUGGAACUGAAUUAAUAAUUGUUAUAAUGAUUAUAAGAACGUUAACUUCGCCGUCGUCAUUACAUUUCGUACCCUGAGGUCCUACCGCGAGAAACGAAAUUCGAUAUUUUAUUAUCUGCUUCUCUAUCGCUCCAAUAUGCAAGUUCGACAGAAAGGCAGAAAAAGUUUUUAGAAUUUUCUAUGCUGGCGGUAGGCCCUCCGAUCUAUGGCUCUCUUUUAUUUAAUUUUUAUUUUCCUACAUAGAGGCGUGGAUAUGGUCAGAAUAACAGGUCAUGAUCAUGAACUUGACCAAUAUCCUGCACUGUUAUAUUUUUAUAUCUCUUCUGUACAGCCAAAGUCCAACUUGCCUCCUAGAAUCCAUGUGUGAUGCCGGUAUUAAUUUAUAGUUUGAAUCUUCUCAAAUGAUUUUUACGCCAUUGUAUCUCAGCGCGUGGCACGCGCUCAGACACAAUGGCCACGAGCUCAACCACAAAUGCUACGCGCUCGCACAAUAGAAACAAUGGCUUUUGUUUAACAGAUUAGGGUCUGGCGGAAAAAUCAUUUGAGAAGAUUCAAACUAUAGUAACAAGUGAGAUUAAAAAUAAACAACGUCCGCUCAAACUUCAAGCGUAGCAGUACUUAUUAAAUGUACAAUUUUUUUUUAAUUUACGUUACAGAUUUUCAUAUUUUAUUAUAAUUAAGUUGUUAUUGAUAUUGAUAAAGCACUCUUGUUAUAUUUAAGGACAUAGUCUAGUCGUUAGGUACAGUCAAUGGUAGUCAUUAUUAACCAAAUCCACCACGCUUAUUGAAAGUAAUAGUUUAUUGGGCCCUUCAUCUCAUGCGCCAUAUUGGAUAUUAACUUCAAGCAACACCGGCUUCCGACACGUCGGAAGAGAGGAGCCCAAGCGAUAUCUUACCGUACAAAUCGUUCUGCCAUUCUGUAGGGCGAAACAUGCACACAGUCGCACUUCUCACUCACUACACACAAAAUGCAAUCUGUAAUGACGACACAAAUACAUAGAAAAUUACGUCAUACGUCAAAGACAAAUCUUGCACACCUCGAUCUCUUGUUGUGUACGGAUGAGUCACAACACGCACCGCGCUAGUUGUGUGCAUGCCAUGGGCAUGUGCUUCGGCAGAGGGGAAAUAGUGCGAAUGCCGACUCCCUUCCCGGUGUUGCUCGAAGAAUAUUAAUAAUUGUACUGUUCAACUGACAACUUUGUGAUGACUUUAUUAUCUUUUUGUACAGUCACCAUCAGAUAUGGGGCAUUUUCUAUGCAAAGGGACCUUAUUGUCGAUGGCGUUUACGCCGCACAGCGUCGCGCGGCAUUAUAUUUAUAUCGGAGCAUCGUUUAUAAUGGCGUAAGCGCCAUCGACAAUAAGGUCCCUUUUUAUAGAAAAUACCACAUAUAUGGGUGCGGCCCGCGCCUCGGCGAAAAUAUCGGAACACGCACCCUUGGUCAUUGCUCAGAUAUUUGUGAGGUCUGAUAUAUCUGAUGGCGACUUACUUCGUAUAAGCCUUAAUAGAACGUUAAUUCAGCUACAAUGUAAUUUAUUUCUCUGUGCAAUGAAUAUGAGUCAUACAUUUUAUAUGGGUAAUUUUCGUCACAGAAUGGAAUUACUUGAAUUGUGGGUGAAUUAAACUUCUUAACCCUACUUAAGAUACAUUUACUAUUAAAUUUUAAAUACAACCUGUACUAAUAGGGCGCCAUAUUAUUGAUGUGUUUAGGUAUGUGUUUUGCGUAAUUAAUGUGGUAUAAGGGAGGUCUAAUACUGUAUUUUUUUUGACAGAGCUAUAUUAAAUUUAGAAAACCAUUUACAAAAUAUUUUAUUAUAUAUAAUACCAAGCCUGUAUUUUUAAAACAUUGCUACAAAAUAACACGUAAAAUGUUUAUUUUGUCAUCAUGGGGAGACCGUCAUAAGGCAAGAACCGUAUUUAUAUAGUUACAUACCUCAGAAACAGUCAGAAAGGAAGAGCUUUGCUCCAUCUGCUGUACCGAUCUUCUGUAAAGGGCUCACUG